AUGACACGCACAUUGAUCUAUCCUAUGCGUAAAAAGGUUCAAGAUAUUGCGACGGUGCAAUUACCUUCGUUGGCAAAUCAAUUGCCUACACAAUCUAGUCUUGAUGGCUCGCGCGCUAAUACUGCAUCAUGUGUAAGAGACACGCGUCUUUCAUCACAACGCUCUUCUGCUACCGAUUCACGCUCUCUUGAUCGAGCUGCUUCUGUGGUAAAUUUUGUUCAAGAUUGUGCACGUUCCAUCGCAAAAGGCCGACCACGCAAACGCAAGCUACAAAGAUCGACUUCAAAUUCUGCACUGUUCUCAGCGCCACGCCGAGGUCGCCGAAAUGGUCUCGUUCCAGUUGCACGUGCAGACAGGAUCACAUACAGUCGCUGGUUUAUCCAGCCUCGAGCCACUUGGAAAGUCCGAUGGGAUAUCUGGAUUGGAUUCAUCAUCGCGUAUAGUGUCAUCCUCAUUCCGUAUCGUAUCGGCUUUGGUAUUGAGCUUGCGGCUUGGGAGCAAUAUCUUAACUAUCUCUUCGAUAGCAGCUUUGCUGUAGACGUGAUAUUAAAUUUUUUCACUGGGUAUUUUGAAGAAGACAUUUUAGUGUUUGAGCUUCAGAAGGUUCGAAAGCGAUAUUUACGCAGUUGGUUUCUUUUUGACGUGGCAUCGACUAUACCUCUCGAGCAAUUUAUGGAAGUGAUGACCAUUGCAUCGUCUUCACUGCUUACACUUAAAUUGAUUCGCAUUUUUCGGCUAUUUCGGCUGCUGAAACUCAUGCGUUUGCUGCGAUUAAAGCGUACAAUGGAAGCCUUACAAGUUGACGCUCUUAAUGCACAUGUACUGCAAACCAUCAAGAGCUUGCUUAUGAUCAUUUUUAUCAUUCAUCUUGUCGCGUGCGGGUGGUAUAUGUUUUAUACGUGGGAUCCCACGGGUAAGAAUUGGGUUACGCACAGCGAACCAGAAGGCUUUGAACAUCCAUAUCUCGUGAGCUUUUAUUGGGUUUCAAAUACCAUGAUGUCUGUAGGGUACGGUGACAUCUACGGAGUUACGGACGGAGAACGGCUGUAUUCAAUAUUUGUGGCCUGUCUUGGCUCCAUAAGCGUUGGUAUGAUCAUUGCUAAUAUACAAAUGCUUACGGAGAACUAUAAUCCUCGUGGCAAUAUGCUGAAGCAAAAGCUACAAGAUGCAAAGGAGUUUUUAAUCAAACGGAGCAUUCCACGACGUCUUCGACAACGUGUGAUCUCGCAAUUUGAGUUUCACUGGAGCCGUCGCACCGUAUUUGAUGAAGGUUUCUUGUUGCAACAGUUCCCAAAGAAUCUUCAGUACGAAAUUCUCGCGGCCUCAAUGGAGUCGUUUGUCAAAAUAUUUUCUUUCUUUGGAAUGACGUCGGUUGAGUUUUUUGUGUUUGCAAUUCCCCGGCUUCGACCAAUUGUUCUGGGGCCAGGCCAAGUUCUUGUUGAUGCCGAAAGUGUGUGGGAAGAAUUAUAUUUUUUGACAUCAGGAAUUGUGGAAACCGUGCAGUCGAAUCUAGUUGUCGGUUCUUUGUCGCCCGGCGACAUUUGCGGCAUUGAGUAUCUCGUUAACGCUCGUAGACGUUACACUCACACCUUUCGCUCCGCCUUGAAGACAGAGGUGUAUGCAAUGUAUAGCAAUGAUUUGCUCGAAGCGAUUGGAAAGUGUCCAGUGGCUCACAAAUAUCUUGAAGAUCUCGCUGUCAUUGUCGGAGAGCGAUACGAAGAGUGUGCGAAACGUGGAAGGCGUGCACUCCAGCGAAAGCGCUCAGAGCGUACGAUUCGACGCGAAGCCUUUACUAGGGGAGGGCCGUAUCUGCACAAACGACGUCGCAAGUCAAAUUCAACGAUCAGUCUUCACACAGUGUCGUCCGAUCUUAUCAAUAGAAUGGACACGAGUGUUGCUGGUGAUGACAGAGUGACCCACUGGUCUGUAAUUCGGCACUAUGCUAAAGCGAGAAUUGCAUGGGAUAUUGUCAUGGGAAUUUUGGUCUCUAUUACGGCAAUUACAGUUCCUUUUCGAAUUGCUUUUAAUGUACAAGACGUGCUCGCGUUUUAUGCCACGGAUCGAAUUGCUGACGUGCUGUUUGUAAUAGAUGUCGUUCUUAGCUUUUGUACCACAUACGUCGAUGAUAUGGGAGUGGAAAUUGUCGAUCGCUAUGAAAUUCGUCGACAUUAUCUCAAAACUACUUUUUUUGUUGACGUAGCUUCCACAAUACCCUUUGACUUCAUUGUCGAGGCAGCUGCGACGGGCAAUAUUUUUGCAUCCCUACGUCUCAUUCGUACGCUCAAAUUGAUCAAACUGCUUCGACUCAUGCGGUUGUCCAAAUUGAUCAAAAGAAAUUCCCAAUGGAUGGCCGAGUUUGAUAUCAAUGUUGACACUGUCCGACUUUUGAAAUUAUUAGCCCCCGUGAUGAUCAUUGCUCAUUAUGUCGGAUGCUUUUGGUAUUAUAUAUCAGCAGACCGACCUGCUGAUGAUGCUUGGUGGGGAAUUGAAAAUUUACAUUUCGAAGAUCCAGAUUCGAUCUUAUCUAAGUAUAUCGCCAGUAUCUAUUGGGCAAUCACAACAAUGACAACUGUUGGAUUCGGAGACAUUUAUCCUGUCAACAACCUUGAAAAAGGCUUUUGCAUCUUGGUAUUAAUCGGCGGUACUACAUUGUUUGCUUAUGUAGUAGGUACUGUCAUCGAAGUGGCUAGCAACUCCAAGAGCUUGAUGAAUCGAGAGCAUAAGAUGGUCCAACGAGUAAAUGCUUACAUCAAAGAACGCGGGGUAUCGUCGGAAUUUGUUGCGGCUUGUCAAGAGCAUUUACGAUUUGUGGAUGCUGAGAAAACGUUUUUUGUCGAGAAUUCGCUCUUUGACGCUCUGAGCUAUUCACUGCGUAAUGAACUUGUCUUGCAUCUAAAUGGAGGCAUCGUGUCGAAGGUCCGUUUUUUCGACAAGAAACCAAAAUGGUUUCUUACGCUCAUCCUACCACGACUCGUACCACAAUUUUUCAUGGAAGGAGACAUUUUGAUCUAUCAGGAUAAUCCUGUCAGUGGUAUUUUCUUUAUCAUGAACGGUGCCGUAAUUGCAAAAACGCGUCAUUAUGUUCCAGUGCCACAAGCACAUGCGACGACACCAAGAGGCAAAAGCCAAUCGAUUAGUCCUAUCAUUGCGGAUCAUCACGGCUCAAUUGCUAAGAUAUAUGAAGGAGAAUUCUUUGGGUACAAAGAAGUGUUGACGGAAACCGCAGCACGGUACAACUUGUAUGCAAUGCGACCUACAGGAACGUACUUAUUACCGCGUGAAUGUCUCGAUGAAUUUGAGGCCAAAUAUCCGCGAGUUAUGGAUGAAAUUCGCUCACUGAUUAUCCAGUCGAUUGCACGACAGCAGAAAAUUGUACCUGGCUGGCACAAUAAUGACGCGAUCGGACUCACCACUUUGGAUCGAGAUAGAGUCGCUGAGAUCAAUAUAAGCCGCCGUGGGUGUGAUGACGAAAUCAUUCGAGCAAGUGUGAAUGGAGAAUACAUGCCUGCAAGAAGGCACUCGUCUUUUGCUAAACCAAUUGGAACUACCUUUGAGAACCCAACUAACGCUGCUGCUGCAGCAGCAUUCGCAGCUGGUGAAAUCAAGACGAGUCUUUGCCACAACAAUGACCAGGAACAAACAACUGUCGAGGUGAUGGAGCACAUGGCAGAUAUCAAACAACUGUCAAAUCCAUCAUCACUUUCAGAAGUUCAAAAUCCAAGAAAGUUUCCAAUCUCGCUACCAGAUCAUUCAAUACUUGGUGGGCCAGACAUCGUACUAUCUGAUGCUUUAGUAUCAGCCGAACGACCGGCUGUCUCGGCUUCAUUUGUGUACCCGUCAGACAUUAACAACACGAUUACGAGCUCUGCUGGAGAUUCAAAUGUAGUCAGUUAUAUUGACUACAGUCGAAAAAUCAAUAGAAGUCAGCGUCAGCUUUCAGAACGCUACUUGUCCACGCGCGAAGAUGAGGUUACUGAACUUGUUGAUGAUCUAUUAAGCAAAGAAGGAUUUAGGUGA